AGAGAGACAGAAGGGGCGUUGUAUUCUUUACUGUGUAUGUUUUCCUCUCAGGAAACGCAUCCUGUUGCUGGAGUUACAUGCUUGUCACACAGAGAGAGAGAGAGAGAGAGAGAGAGAGAGAGAGUGUCCUGUCUCUCUGGGAAAGAGAGAGGAAAAGAAAAAAAACUGCCCCCAAACCCUCAGGCAAGCUCCAACACACAGCUGUACAAGCAUGAAGAGAGAGAGAGAGACAGAGAGAGAGAGAGAGAGACAGAGAGAUCUGAACACAGAGACGAAGACUUGAACAGCGAGAGAUAUAAAAACAACAGCGAGAACUGAACAUGGAGAGAGAGAACUGACUCGUGGAGAGAGAGAGAACUGAACACGAAAAGAGAGAACCAACAACUCACGGAACGCGAUCAAUAAUUGUGCAUAAAUGGAGUUAAAGAGAAUCUGGGAGUGGAGGUUUUAAACUGGAGACAGAAGUGUGUUCUUGUGUAUUUGUGUGUGUGAUGGCUGUAGAGCUGACUGGGAUGAGCGUGAGUGUGUGUGAAGCCCCGAAGAGCGAGGAGGAAGGCUGAAGAUUCCUGAAACUUCAAAAACCACCCUGAAUCACAGACACACACUCUAAUCAUGAGCGGAGAUGUUCUCUAGCUGAGCUCUUAUACAGCGUACAAGUCUCCGUUUCUGCUUUGCACGUGCACGUGUGUGUGUGUGUGUGUGUGUGUUGGAGCGCAUGGCCACGGGCAGGCUGGUGCUGGUGGCCGUUGCCGUAGCGCUGGUGUCACUGGUGCUGAAUGUGGUGGCGGCGUUGGGCUCGGGCUGGGCUCUGCAGGUGCUGGAGGAUGGCCGCAGACGCAGCGUGGGGCUCUGGAAGAUGUGUUCGCAUGAUACACACACACCGACACGCGCCAUCGCCACCACCGCACCAUGCAAGACCCUUGGCUGGGGAGCUGACCUCGCGGGAUACCAGGAAUCACGCAACACCGUCAAACUUCAGUUUGACAUGAUGCGAGCAUGUAACCUGAUGGCAACGGUGGCCCUCACUGUGGGUCAGCUCAUCUUCCUGCUGGGGAUUCUCAAGAUAAACUGCAUUACCCAGGAUUCCCCUUGGUGGGAGGAGGCCAUCGCAGCCCUGUUUCAGCUGGCCAGUUUCGUGCUGGUGAUCGGCCUGGUGUCGUUCUACAGGAUCGGGCCGUACACACACCUGUCGUACUCGUGCUACGUGAACAUCGCUGCGUGUCUGUUUGCCACACUGGCCGCCGCCAUGCUGAUCUGGAACAUUCUGCAUCGUCGUGACGACUGCAGGGGACAGCCCGUCAUUGUCAUCAGCCGCUCGCUCGCCAUGAACUUUACACCUCGCGUGGACAAUGAAUACGUGGAGUCGCCGUGCUGACACACACACACACACACACUCUUUCCAACAUCUCCCAUCUUUUUCUUUCUAUUUCAACAAGAACAGGUUUUAAACAGUUUUCAGUUUUUUUUUUACUUGACUGUUGCGAAACAAAUGCAGUCAUAAUAUAAAAUAAUCAACAUUUUAAAAAAUAUAAAGGUCUAAGACAUAUCACUAUCUAUCCAACUCUGAUGUAAUAUUUAAUAACAGCAACAUUUUUUAACACCACAGUGCUUCUGAAUUCUGGACUCUGAUUGGUCAGAUGAUGUUGAUUAGUUUUCUAUAACAGCAGCUCUGACAGUGGUGCAGCUGCACAUCACAGGGUUAUAUUAGCGCGUUAUCGUUUCCAUAGUAACAGCUCAUUCACAGGGACAUGUACAGCAGACGCUCCACAUACAGAGAAUAAAAAAAAUAAAUCUGUAGAUGUGGUGAAGUUUUCUGGAAGGAGAAACGCGCUUAUGUAACAUUUCUGGAAGGAGAAAUGCGCUUAUGUGACAUUUCUGGAAGGAGUCUCCAGUGUCAGCGCUCUGUAACAGUCAGAAGUGAAGCUUGAUGUUAGACUUUACAUUUUCUGACAUCAGCAGGACAGAGGAGGAGUUUACACUUCUCUGUGCUUUCAUGGGAACAUGACAAGCUGCGUUUAAGAGAGAGAACAGAAAGGUUGCUGAGGGAACGAGAGUUUAUAGCUGCUAUAACGUAAGUGAGAACAGGAACUAAUUUUUUUUUCAUGAACAUUAAAUGUAACAAAAGUAUGAUGUGUAAUUUAACAGAUAUAUAACAAACCAUAUAGGUGUGGUAUAAGAGGAAUCAAACACACAGGGACAUUCUGUUAUAGGAAAAUAAUCAACUCUGGGGUGAGAGCAGGAGCUUUGAUUCAUCACACCAAACUGGCACUCUGUAUUUCACUGUAACACACACACACACACACACACACACACACACACACACACACUGUUUAUUUCCUACAUAACUUAUGCAGUGUAUAAAUAUUUAUGAAUUAUAUAAAUUUUGGAUAAUACAGUUUUUUUUUUUUUAAAUCAGAGGUCAGAGUAGAACACCAAAAUCACAAAUGUGGCUUCCUAGUGUGAUUUGAGGUUAACACACACACACACACACACACACAGAUCAGAAGGAACUUGCUCAUAACGUGGAACUUCUGGAGUCACACUGGAGAAGGGGAAAAAAAAAAACCACACGUGGACUGAACUGUUGUGUUCCUCUGAAGAAACUCUGCUCUUAUUCUGAAUGCUAACUGAACUUCUUCAUGGAUAUACUGUCUAUCAACCAUGCCUUCUCUCACACACACACACACACACACACACACAGCACCAGGACAGCUGAUGUGACUGCAGUACACUGUUUAAGUUAAUAAUCCAUACUAACUUGAUCAUAAAUCAAGCUGGAUCUUGAAUGAAAUCUUCCUUCUACAAACACGUACAGCGCUAAGAUAUAUUACACUCCCCGGCCACUUUAAUAGGAACGUGUUGUUGAUUCUAAGAUCCCUGUUCUUGGCUGCAGGAGUGGAACCCAAUGUGUUCUCCUGCUGUUGCAUGCUGAGAUGCUUUUCUGCUCACCAUGGUUAUAAAGAGUGAUUAUACGAGUUACGAAAUCCUUCCUGGCAAAAAAAAAAACUUGAACCAAUCAGUCCAUUUUCCUCUGAUCCUCUCUUAUCAACAAGGCGUUUGUUUCCACCCACAGAACUGUCGCUCACUCACUCGAUGUUUUUUGUUUUCUGCACCAUUCUGUGUAAACUCUAGAGACUGUUGUGUGUGAAAACCCCAGGAGGAGAUCAGCAGUUUCUGAAAUACUCAAACCGCAUACUCAUCUGGCUCAAACCAACACCCAUACCACAGUGAAAGAAAGAAAGUCACACUUCACUGUGAGAUCACAGUUUUUCCCGUUCUGAUGUUUGAACAUUGUGAACAUUAACUGAAGCUCUUGAUUUGUAUCGGUGUGAUUUGAUGAAUCGUGCUGCUGUCGAGGGAUCGGCUGAUUACAGAACUGCAGAAAACAGCAGGUGGAUGUAGGGGGUGUUCCUAAUAAAGUGGCCAGUGAGUGUAUAUAAAAGUCAGGUCUAUAAAUAUUAUUUGCAAAAUGUACACAAAGACAAACAAUGGAUUUGAAAUGAAGCUAUUAAUAUGUGAUCGAAGUCUGGAUUUUCGGCUUUAAUUCACAGGGUUUGACAACAAUAAAAAUUGAAAAAUUAAAAAAAAAAAAAAAAAUCACAUUAACACUUCAGGAAUUGCAGCCAUUUUUUUUUACACGUCAAUUACAGUGGUGCUUGAAAGUUUGUG